UCUGCUGUUGUGUCAGCAAAAUAAAAUGCUAAGCCUUCUGUAAUGAGGAAGAAAUUAGUCAAAACGGGAUGGAAAAAAAGCAUCAUUUGUAUGCUUAAUGUAUGGUAUUAAUUUAGCUCAUUGAAGCUGGCAGCUAAUGCUGCUGUUCUAGGGAGGGUGGUACAAAGUUCCAGGUCGAUCCUGCGGUUCCCUCCCACCACCUUCCAGCAUGUAUAUAAAUUGUCAGCUCUCCAGACCCUUUUCCAGUUCUCUCUUCUACUGUUGCCAGAAGCAAUAGAGGACUAAAGAUGAAGAUCCUUUACUUAUUCAUGUUUUCCACUUUUUUAUUUUCUGCUUUUGAACAAGCAAAUGCUUCUGCUCACUAUGACAAGAUUUUAACCCAUAGUCGAAUAAGGGCACGUGACCAAGGCCCAAACGUCUGUGCCCUUCAGCAAGUUAUGGGAACGAAAAAGAAAUAUUUUAGCACCUGCAGAAACUGGUACCAGGGAGCCAUCUGCGGAAAGAAAGCAACCGUCUUAUAUGAAUGUUGUCCUGGCUAUAUGAAGAUGGAUGGUAUGAGAGGAUGUCCUGCAGUUGCUCCUAUUGAUCACGUAUAUGGUACCCUUGGUAUUGUGGGAGCUACCUCCACUCAGCAGUACUCUGACAUGUCAAAGCUGAGAGAAGAGAUUGAGGGGCGAGGAUCAUUCACGUUCUUUGCACCAAGCAACGAAGCCUGGGAGCAAUUAAAUUCAGAAAUUCACAGGAAUUUGGUUGACAAUGUAAAUAUUGAACUAUAUAACGCUCUCCAUCACCACAUGGUAAACAAGCGCAUGUUGACAAAAGACCUUAAGAAUGGCAUGACACUGGUGUCAAUGUACAAUGACCAGAAGCUGCUUAUUAACCACUAUCCUAAUGGGGUCGUUACUGUUAACUGUGCCAGGAUCAUCCAUGGCAAUCAAAUUGCUACCAAUGGUGUUGUUCAUGUCAUUGACCGUGUCCUGACCCCUGUUGGAACCACCAUUCAAGACUUCAUCGAAGCCGAGGAUGACCUUUCUUCUCUCAGAGCUGCUGCCAUCACAUCAGAUGUCUUGGAUACCCUUGGAAAGCCUGGUCAUUACACACUCUUUGCUCCUACUAAUGAAGCUUUUGAGAGACUUCCAAGGGGCGUCUUAGAAAGGAUCAUGGGUGACAAGGUGGCAUCUGAAGCUCUCAUGAAGUUCCAUAUUUUAAACACUCUCCAGUGCUCUGAAGCUAUCAUGGGUGGAGCAGUCUAUGAAACCUUGGAAGGAAACACAGUUCAAGUUGGUUGUGACGGCGAAAGCCUGACAGUGAAUGGAGUGAAGAUGGUGAAACGCAAAGAUAUUGUGACUAGCAAUGGUGUUAUCCAUCUCAUUGAUCAAGUGCUAAUCCCUGAUUCUGCCAAGCAAGUCAUUGAGCUUGGGGGUGCCCAGCAAACUACCUUUACAGACCUGGUGGCACAGCUAGGACUGGCAUCUUCCCUAAGACCAGAAGGCCAAUAUACUCUCCUGGCUCCACUGAAUGGUGCUUUUUCAGAUGAUACCUUAAGGAUGGACCAACGUCUUCUAAGAACAAUCCUGCAGAAUCAUAUUAUAAAAUUCAAAAUUGGGCUGAAUGAACUGUACAAUGGACAGGAACUGGAGACACUUGGAGGAAAACUACUCAGAGUUUUUGUGUACCGCACAGCUGUAUGCAUUGAAAAUUCAUGUAUGGUAAGAGGAAGUAAAGAAGGAAGGAAUGGUUUUAUUCAUGUCUUCAGACAGAUCAUCAAGCCAGCAGAAAAGACACUACAUGAAAUGCUGAAAAAUGAUAAGCGUUUUAGCAUUUUCCUCAGUCUGGUGAAAGCUGCUGAUUUAGAUGAUGUUCUGUCACGGCCUGGAGAAUGGACUCUGUUUGUUCCAACUAAUGAUGCCUUUAAAGGUUUAACUGAUGAUGACAAGGAUGUAUUGAUAAGGGACAAAAAUGCUCUCAGGAACAUUAUCCUUUACCACCUGACACAAGGAGUUUUCAUUGGAAGUGGCUUUGAACCUGGUGUGACAAACAUUCUUAAAACUAUCCAAGGAGGCAAACUGUACUUGAAAACAGUGAAUGAUACACUUCUGGUUAAUGAGCUGAAAUCCAGAGAAUCUGAUCUCAUGGCAACAAAUGGCGUCAUUCAUGUUAUUGAUAAACUCCUGUAUCCAGCAGAUCUGCCUGUUGGAAAUGAUCAGCUGCUCACAAUUCUGAAGAAGUUGAUUAAGUACAUUCAAAUUAAGUUUGUUCGUGACAGUACCUUCAAAGAGAUUCCACUGACAUUUUACAAGAUUAACAUAAUUGAAAGCAACGUCCAGCCCAUCAUCAGAAAGGAAGACCCAUCUAUUACACAGCUGACAAAAUUAAUCGAAGGAGAACCUGAGUUCAAAAUAGUCAGAGAAGGAGAGACAAUUACUAAAGUGAUUCACGGAGAACCAGUUAUUAAAACAUACACCAAAAUCAUUGAUGGACGACCUGUGGAAGUGACAGAGAAAAAAGUAACAGAAGAAAGAAUUAUUCAAGGUCCUGAAAUAAAAUAUACCCGAAUUACUGCAGGUAGUUCAGACGAUGAAGAACAGUUAAAGAAAUUGCUUGAAGAAGAGGUUACCAAGGUGACCAAAUUCAUUGAAGGUGAUGGUCAUUUACUUGAAGAUGAAGAAAUCAAAAGACUUCUGCAGGGAGCUGGAACUGAGUACACCAAGGUUACUAAAGUAAUUGAGGGAGAGCCACAGAUUUUCGAGAGAGAAAUCAAGAAAGUCCAUCUGGAAGAAGCACCAGUACGGAAAGUACAAGCAACCAGAAGGACACAAGGAGGAACAGCAAGACGGAGGACGAGAUUAGUUCGUCCCUGAAAGUUUUCCAGGAUAGAAGCUACAGAAUUACAAAUUAAUAGCAUGGCCUUGGAGAAGAAGAGAAAUUCUUUUGAAAAAGAGAAAGUAAGAAAACAACAUAGUGUUGAUAACAUAAUAUAAACUGAACCAUGAGUCCACACAAAAGAUGUGAAGAUGCAAAUGCUCACUCCUGGCAUAAUGCUCACUAGGAGGAGUUGUCCAUUGGAGCUGGUGUGACUACUCUUGUUAGUAAGCACUAUGUUGGGUGAGAUCCUGGCACUGCUGAAGGCACAAGCAAAACUUCCAAACUUCCAUUGAUUUCAAUAGAACCAGGUUCCCACUCAUGCUGGGUAGCGUUUGCAGAAUUGGGAUCAAAAAGAGCAGGGAACAAUGCAGAAUGUAUUUUUCUAUUAUUAUUAUUUCCACUAAAUGAGAAAUAUAAGUGAAAUUAGAGCAUUUCUAGAAAAAAUCACUUCAAGUGACUUUUAGGAUGAGUAAUCUAAGGAAAUAUGAGCUGUAAACGUAGCACUUUCAGUUUAGUAAUAUUGUAUGCUUUUUGUACGUCAAACUGUCAUGAUGACUCCAACAACAUUACCUUUUCUAAACAAACAAAUAUGCCUUAGAGUAAAUGUAUCUUUUUGUUCUACAUGACAUAUCCAAAUGCCUUCUGGUAACAUGGCUAGUGGAAGCUCUUACGAAGAAAAAAGGCAAACAUUAGAAAUGAGCUUCCUGAAAUGUAUUUGUGAUCAUGUUGACUUUUUAUCUAUUUAUGUGAAAAAUCAUUCCCAUGAUAGGAAUCCUUUACCAACACAUAUAGUAAGAUCCUUAAAAAUGCUUUCCUACAUUUCCCUAAAUGUGUCUUUUGAUUAUUAAAGUGGAAGGGAUACAUAAAAUGCAUGCAAACAGUUAACUCUGCAUGGAAAAAAGGUGUUACAAAAUGAGGCUAGGUCUGAUGGCUUUUAUAUCAAAACAUGCUUUGCUAGUGUCUGAUACUUAUGUGGGUUGUUUGUAAAUUAUGUCAUUUUUAUAACUCUAGUUUUGUACUCAUAAAAAUCAUUUGCCUUUCUUAACAAAAGUUGGAAAGCAAAUAAUAAUUUCAAAGUGCCUUAAUUCUGCAAACCAAAGUUUAAGAGGAGUUAUCUGGUGUGCUUUUGUACUUCUGUUUUGAAACAAAUACUCAAUAAAUAAUUUGGCUGAAUUGUA